AUGCGGUUAGUCUUUGUAUUGCAUGCGUAUUCCGGCGAGCUGUUUACCUACGAUGCGAGGUCUGGCAUGGUGGUGUUCCAGGACGCGAGCAGGUUCCCCAAGCGCAAGCUCGUCCUCCUCCGGGAGGAGGCCAUCGCGAGCAUGGUCCUCCUCGCUCCGCCGCCAGAGGGUCUGGCCGACUCGCUCGGGGCCCUGCACGCGGCGCAUAUGGCCACCGUCCACACUCCGCCGGAGACCAUCCGCAAGCGGGAGACCGCAGCUCUGAGGGCAGACUACGCGGAAGCAGACAAGAUCGGCGUCGGCGUCUCGGCGCGCGCGCAGGCCGUCUUCAACGUCCUCGCCAAGACCGGGCCAGCCAAGUGGGACGGCGAGGUCAUCAGGAUUCAUGACGUCACCAUUGCCCCGCCGUACGCUCCAGACGAUGCCCAGGGGCCCAACGCCCGCUCCCGCGACCGCAUCCGCCUCAUCCUCAACAAGGAGAAGGCUAAGAUCGACGCUGCCGUCGCCGCUGCUGCCGCCGCCAGUGCGUAA